AUGUCCGCCUCGAAUAACAAUCACAACGAUUCGCCACAGACUUACGAGCCAACCUCGCCAACGGAUUUUGUUGGAAACAAUAACCGAAGGUCAAUGGCAUCAUCACCACAACCAAUGGCAAGCGGAGUGCAGGAAAGCUCUCCUGACCCAGUGGCCGCUCCAAUAACAAGCCCUCGAUCUGCCCGGUUCGCGGAAGCAACUGCAAUUCACUCGCCUACUGCUAUGGAAAACAGUAGAUCCCCGUUUGCGGACCCUCCGAACCAGUCUCGGAACCAACCCGAUGUCUCUGACGUUGGUUUUGGCUAUGUGAACGCACAAGACUCUACGCAGCAUGUACCUCAUCAUGCGGCACCGGUGUCACCACUGAAAAGCGCCUUAAAGGUACCAGGGACACCGGCUCGCACAUUAAACCCCCUUAGCCCAACUUUCCGUGAAGAGUUCAAUCUAGAAAAGCAGGAGAAGCAGGCAGAGAAAGCAAACGCAAAAGACCUGGCUAUCAAAGUGCGUGUUAGAGUGGCCAAGAUCUUCCUUCGCUUCGUCAGCUUUGGUUGUAGUAUAAUUGUUCUUGCCAUUUUAUGUACGACUUUGACCAUCUUCCACGCGACCAAGAAUCUACCUUCAAGGAGUGGCACCACAGCUUGGGCCGUUGGUACCAACCCAUGGCCACAAUACUUGCUCCUAGCGACUGCGUGUUUGUCGCUGCUCGCUUGCCUGGCUGUUUUCUGGACCUGGAGAAAACGUGGCUAUAAGCGUGCAGAGAAGGUUGCGGUCUACUACUCGAUAUUUUCCGUCGGUUUCUUCGGAUUUACCCUCAUUCUGUGGGUUGUGGUUGCAGCCGUCUACCAGAAUUCCAAGUCCAAUGGAGGCAACCAGGAUCUUUGGGGUUGGUCGUGUGUAACAGGUAACCAGCGAGCGACAGUGUACGCCAAUGAUAUUGACUAUCCGCUCUUGUGCCGACUCCAGGACUGGGGGCUAGUCUGCGCAGUCAUUGAAAUCGUUGUCGAAGUCUUGGUUGUUCUUAUCUAUGCCGUUGUCUUCUACCGAUUCUGGUCCAAGCGUAAGCUCGCCAAGUCCAUGGGUCGCCGAGACAAGGCCCGAUCAGACUUGUACCUAGCCCAGCUACGACUUCAGUCCGCCCCCAACACCCCAGGGUUCCCAUUAAGCCCCAAAUCACCGUGGGUCUCAACAACAAUACAAGAUCCCUACUCCCAAGCAGAGAAAGGGGAGGGGACUGCUACGCAGUUUGCAACUCCUGUCUCUCCAACCAGGCCUAAGCCAACUUUUCAACUCCAACCGCCUCCUAUUCGUGUGCAGAACGCGACUCCAAAGACAGAGCAGGGAGAGUUUUCCGCUCCGGCCCCUACGCCGUCUCCUCCCCAGGAGCACAUGAGUGCCGCGCCAGGAGAGCGAACAUACGAAGCUGUGCCGAUCCCCGGCGCCUAUGCUAGUCCAAUGACACCGAGCUUUCCCCAAGGGGCCCGCUAA